AUGGUACUAUCACCAAAGCAAGAAGAAGAACUGCGUUUCGCUGUCGCUGAUUACCUUCAAUCAUGUGGAUAUACUAACGCCCUGGAAGCCUUUAAAAAAGAUGCAUCAAUUCCCAAGGAAAUUGAUAACAAAAAGUACAGCGGCUUAUUAGAGAAAAAAUGGACCUCAGUAGUAAGAUUGCAGAAGAAAGUUAUGGAUCUUGAAUUAAGGCUUAAUAAUACAACAAGAGAAAUGAACAGCGGAGUUCCAACAAGAAAUUCUCGUUCCUCAAACGACUGGAUCCCCAGACCACCGGAAAAACAUAGUCUUUCUGGUCAUCGAAGUCCUAUUACCUGUGUUGUGUUCCACCCAGUAUAUAACGUUAUGGUUUCUUCAUCAGAAGACGCCUCGAUGAAGAUCUGGGAUUAUGAAUCUGGCGAUUUUGAAAGAACAUUGAGAGGACAUACUGAUUCAGUUCAAGAUUUGGCCUUUGAUUCUAGUGGUAAAUUACUCGCAUCUUCCUCUGCUGAUAUGACUGUCAAAAUAUGGGAUUUUCAAACUUUUGAAUGCAGAAUGACACUUCGUGGUCACGAUCAUAAUGUUUCAUCGGUAUGCUUUCUCCCGUCCGGCGACUUUUUAUUAUCUUCCUCAAGAGACAAAACUAUUAAAAUGUGGGAAGUUGCAACUGGGUACUGUGUUUAUAAUUUCGAAGGUCAUAGGGAAUGGGUGAGACGAGUUGCUGUUGCAUCUGACGGAUCUCUAAUGGCAAGUUGUUCCAACGAUCAGACUGUUCGCAUUUGGUCACUAUCCAGUAAAGAAUGCAAAGAAGAAUUGAGAGGUCAUGAACAUGUAGUUGAAUGUAUUAAGUGGGCUCCAGAAAGUUGCAAUAGGUAUAUUAAUGAGGCCAGUGGUACAGAAGUGCCGAAGGGACAAAAGUCUGGCCCAUUUUUAGCUUCUGGUUCUCGAGAUCGUGUAAUUAAAAUAUGGGAUGUCACUACUGCAGUUUGCCUAUUUUCAUUGGUGGGCCAUGAUAAUUGGGUUAGAGGUUUAGCAUUUCAUGCUGGUGGUAAAUACCUUACUAGCGCUUCGGACGAUAAGACUAUCAAAAUUUGGGAAUUAAGACAUAAAAGAUGUUCAAAAAGUCUAGAGGCUCAUAAUCAUUUUGUUACUACAAUAGAUUUUCAUCGUUCGUCACCGUUCGUUAUCACAGGUAGUGUUGAUUUAACGAUUAAAGUUUGGGAAUGUCGCUAG